AUGUCUAAAUUAAUUUAUCGUCUUAUCGGUAUUUUCACAUGUAAUACAGGACCAUAUAAUGGUCGUUAUUCAUCAGCUAAUCUUCAUGAUAAUGGAGUAUGGUAUCAAUCAACAUAUGGUCUUUUAGAAAAUGAUGGACCAUGCCAGAAUUGGUGUGUUCAAAGACCAUUUAUAUCAUUUCAAAAUGAUACAGAUAAUUUAUUUAAUCAAUCAAGUUAUAAUAGACAGAAAAUCAAAUAUGGUGCAUUACAUUUUGUUGAUUUCGACGAUAUUGAUAAAGCACAACCAUUAUUUACAUUUACAAAUAAGACUGGUACAGUAACAGUAUCAUAUAUACCAGCAUUAGAAAAAUGUUUAAUGGUUAUUAGUAUAGCCUCCUAUCCAGGUAUUUGUUCAAUGGUCAAAGAAUUUGAUAUUUAUAUAUUAGAAUCAAAUUACAUAGAAGAUUCAUGA